AUGGCUUUCAGAAGCUUACACCAGAUUCGAGCUCUCCAUCGUACGGCUCAGAUUUCAGAAUCGUCCCAUCUGCUUGGAAGCUCAAGAAGCUAUGCAAGUGGUAUUUCAACUGUCCCUGAACUUUAUUGCCGGAACAAGGGCCAUGGAGCCCUUCCUUGGACCUUCGGAAGUUCUAUCACAUUGCGGUCUGCAAUGGCUGUUGAGUUACCCAUCUUCUUGAAUGACACAAGGUUGCUAUCAACACAAGUAAAAGCCCCUGCACAAGCAAGACAAAUGGGAGCUCUUAAAGUUGCCAUGUUGAGUCCUGGGUUUAUCUACGAGCCUUAUACAACUCGUGAAAAAAUCUCAUUUCUCAAGAGAUGGUUCACCAGAAGUGGGUGGAGAAGAACAAAAGAAGAUAUAGUUUUAGAGCUCAAAAGUGCAUAUGCCAUUACUAAAUUAAGAAAGAAGGGCUAUUCCAAGAAUUUAUUCUACAAAGAAGCGAUACAGUUAUAUAAGGAGAUAAAUACUCUAAUGGCAAAUGGGGACAAAAAUUCUUUAAGGAAAGCAGUUACAGAGAAAAUGUUUUCCGAACUAAAGAAUGAAAUAAAACAAAGAGACUCCAUAUGGAAUAAGGUCUACUGGGAAAUGGUGGAACCAGUUGUGAAAAUACGAACUUUGCGAGCACGACUGAUUGGUGUUGAUCGGAACGAUCUCGAGAAGGUGUUCAUACAGCUUACACUUGAGUUUCUGACAAAGCAGAAGUUCGAAGCAUACGACUCAAAUGGUUCCAUUGUUUCGGGAGAUAAAUCAAAGGAGGUCCUUGUCCGUGAUAUCUGGGAGCUUACUCAACCACUAUGGAGAAUUUAUUGGAUUGGAUUCCAAAUUCCUAAUAAUCCUGCGGCCAGUCAGUAUGUAGAGGCUUUGGCUAAAGCUUGGACGGAAUUCAAUAACCCAAGGGCGGUAGUCAUGUUUGUGGUUCAGGCUGAUGAACGCAACAUGUAUGACCAACACUGGCAUUCUGCUCCAUUGAAAGAAAUAUAUCCUUUUUACCAUACAACAAGCUUUAUGUUGGAGGAAGUGAAAACAUUGGCAGAAAUUGACGCAGAGGGGGAGCUUCUACCAGAUGGAACACUUGCUGUGGGUGGCCAAGCAAUUGCAGUUGUGUUACACACCAAAUGA